GCCAACUAAGACGCUUCAGGACACAUGGGGCAGGAGGUGUGGGCUUACAGGAGCUUACAGUGACCUGCAUGUCAUCAGCAGCGUCUCCGUGUGUCUGAGAAACCGAAGCCUUCAAGGGGUUCUUCUCCAGGAAUCAGAAACCCUCAGCUGCUCAGCAGGGAGAGAAGCACAUCAGUGAGUCAUGUGUUUGAGUCACUGGGUUGGAGGUGUGUGGGUGAAGGAUCUCUCUCAGUGAGAAACCUGAGAGUUCGGAGGAUCGGAGUGUGCUGAAGAACACGGGGGGACAGGAGUUGAACACGAGAGUCGACUCUUUUAGAUCGUAUCGCUGAAGUUCUUCACUCCUCCAGAAGCCGAGCAGCACGCGCCCAGCAGAAUCUCCGUGCAGGGAAACAUCAUGAGCAGCGAGAAUCACGAGAACCUCAGGCUGGUUUACCUCCUGACAGGAGGGUGUGGAUUUCUUGGGCAGCACCUGCUGAAUGUUCUUCUGGAGAAAGAAGACAAUGUGAAGGAGAUCCGGCUCUUCGAUAAGCACAUCGACCCCAGCCUGGUGGACCUCAGCACAGAGCGGGUGAAGGUGGUGUUAUCUCAGGGUGAUAUAACAGAUUAUAGCAGUGUGUUGGAGGCGUGUCAUGGGGUGGACCUGGUGAUUCACUCGGCCAGUCUGGUGGACGUUUGGUACCGAGUCCCGGAGAAAACCAUCCACGCCGUCAACGUAGGAGGAACUGAGAACGUGAUUAAGGCAUGUCAGGAGCUCGGGAUUCAGCAGCUGGUCUACACCAGCAGUAUGGAGGUGGUGGGACCCAACGUGAAGGGAGAUACCUUCAUCAAGGGAAAUGAGGACACGCCCUAUAACGUUUGUCACAACAUGCCAUAUCCCAAGAGUAAAGCAAUGGCAGAGAAACUAGUGCUGGAAGCUAACGGUACCAAGGUUGCAGGUGGUGCUGUUCUCUACACGUGUUCUCUGCGUCCUACAGGGAUUUACGGUGAAAACCACCAUCUGAUGAAGGAGUUCUACAUGAUGGGAGUUCGCACCGGAGGCUGGCUCAUCAAAGGAGUUCCACAAAACACUGAGCACGGGCGUGUUUACGCAGGAAACGUGGCGUGGAUGCACCUGUUAGCGGCGCGGGCGUUACGUGAGCAUCCCGAGCGUCUCGGGGGUGAGGUGUACUACUGCUAUGACGACUCUCCCUACAAGAGCUACGACGAGUUCAACAUGCAGUUCCUGUCUGCGUUUAAGUUCCGCUCUCUUCGCAUGCCGCUGUGCGUUCUCUGGAUGCUCGCCUGCUUCAACGAGCUGCUGCGCUGGCUGCUGAAGCCCGUGUGCUCCUUCACGCCCAUCCUGAACCGCUACACGCUCGCCGUGGCCUGCACCUCCUUCACCGUCCGCUCCGACAAGGCGCUACGCCACUUCAGCUACCGCCCGCUGUACGACUGGGAGCAGUGCAGGUCUCGCACGCAGAGCUGGGUAGAUACCUUCCCUCUGAACAACAAGGACGCCUGAGGACAUGCUGAAGGGGGAGGAGCAUCAGGAGACAUGGGGAUGCACAGACACACGAUAAUCACCUCAUUUAAUCAUCAUCAUCAUCAUCAUCAUCAUUAUUACUACAACCAAUCACAGCAUUUAUCCCUCUAACCAGCACGACGUGUUAAACCUCCAACCCACAUCCAGAUCCAGGGUCUGGAAAAGGAAAUGGGAAAGAAGGAAGAACUGGAGGGCAAGAUGGAGAAAGGAAGGAAGGAAUGGUGAGAGGGACAGAGAGAGGAAUGGAUGAAGGAAGAAAAAUAGAAAGAUAGGAGGGAGAGAGGAAAAAAUUAGGGAAGGAGAAUGGGGACAGAGGGAGGGAGGGAGAGAGGAUGGAUGAAUGGAAGCAAAGGAAAGAUGGCUAAAGGAAGGAUGAUGAAAAUUGUUCCUACCUUGGAAUGGAUAGAGGGAGGAAGGGAGGGUGGAAAAGCAGAUUUAAGGCUAAAGGAAAGGGAGGAUUAAAAAGAAUGGAGGGAGGGUAGAAAAAAAUUGAGAAAGAAAAGAAAGAGAACAGAAGAGCAGAACUGAUCACAGGUCCUGUUUUUGUUACUUUAAUUCUGCCAUGUGUUAGCAUUAGCGUUAGCAUUACCGUUACCGUUAGCAGUAGUGUUAUUUAUAGCACCAUUGUUAGCUUUAGUGUUUCCGUUAGCAUUAUUGUUACCAUUAGCAUUGGUGUUAUUUUUAGCAUUAGGUAUUGCUAGCGUUAGUGUUAGCUUUAGUACAGUGUUAUUGUUAUUGUUGUGUCUCGUAGUCACAUAUGAGAAAAAGGAAAAGGCCGAGAACAGAUUUUGUUUCCCUCAGGGUUCAGUAGGAGGACCGGGUUUGACACGACGCAAGCUAUUUCAUAAUUAAGCUAUUUUAAUUUCAUUACAAGUAUUUUGUUCAGGAGAAGCAGUCGAGUCUCAGAUGGAACGUUUUCUGGAGAACUCACUUCUUGAUAACGUUUCUUUGCUAUACUCACGUGUGUUAGCAUUAGCAUUACUUUUUGCAGACGUUAACAGUAAAGUUUCCAUAUCAAAGACAAUAUUUACACUUUUUAUACUCUAAAGAGAGAAAAAUAACCCCUCCAGCUCUCACGACGUAUUUCUCUCCUUCCGUAUUAUUCAACCACUUUACUUACAGUCAUUCGAACGUCCGAUGUUUGUCGUGGCAAAAAGUCGAAUGCUGGAGAAAAACGUAUUUAUUACUCAAAUUGAUCUGUAAUUGAAGCGAUUACGUAAUUAUAUGAAUAUUUAUUUUCAGAAUGUAAAAGUAUUUUAUGAGCAUUAAAGUGCAAUAAAUGA